AUGGGCUGGAGCACAUGGAACGAGUACGAAUGCGCCAUCAACGAGACCGUCAUCCUGGAAGUCGCCGAACUUCUCAUCUCUCUUGGUUUGAAAGACCUCGGCUACAAUUAUGUGAACAUAGAUGAUUGUUGGUCCGACAAGUCUUACCAACGCGACAAGGUUACAGGAAGGAUCCGUCCGGACUAUGCUAAGUUUCCGGAUGGUAUCAAACAUACAGCGGACGAGGUUCAUAAGCUCGGGCUCAAAGUCGGCAUCUACGGUGAUGCUGGCGACACAACAUGCGGUGGAUAUGCUGGCUCACUGGGACACGAGGAAGUAGAUGCCAGGACCUUUGCCGAUUGGGGCAUCGACUACUUGAAGUACGACAACUGCGCCGUUGCUGAUGAAUGGGACGACGAGUACCGAUGGUGGCCAGAGAAUUGGCUAGGAGGUCCUCCCGCUGAAGAUCAGAGCGCUGGCGGAGAUGGUGAAGCUCGGCCGAUCCCAGCGCCCGCGGGCUACGAUUGGACGACCUCGAAUAGCUUCACGCGUUACAAGACCAUGAGUGAUGCCCUCCUCGCAACAAAUCGUACGAUUGAAUACUCGCAAUGUGCCUGGGGCCAUGCCCACAUCGAGCAGUGGGGUAACGCGACUGGCCAUAGCUGGCGCAUGUGGGGAGACAUCUACCCAGAGUGGUACGACAAACAUCAGUAUUCUUGGGGCAUCAUGCCAAUCCUCAACCAUGCCUCCUUCUUUAACAACGAUACCGACUUCUGGGGUCAUGGCGACUGGGACAUGCUUGAAGUUGGCAAUGGAAACCUCACCCUACAAGAGAGUCGAUCUCACUUCGCCCUCUGGGCUGCUCUGAAGUCGCCUCUAAUCAUCGGGACCCCUCUUCACGGCAUCGAGCCGAAAAUCUUGGAGAUUCUGAGCAACAAGGAGCUCAUCGACUUCAAUCAAGAUUCAGUCUUUGGUGCUGCAGCCAAACCGUACAAGUGGGGUAUCAACGCCGACUGGACUUGGAACCAAACGCAUCCCGCUGAGUAUUGGAGUGGGCGGUCUUCCAAAGGUGUGUAUGUGUUUGCAUUGAAUACACUGAAUGCGACACAUACCAAGGCCAUCGACUUCGCGGAGGUGCCCGAGUUGGAUGCGGAGGCUGAAUACACCGUGUUCGACUCAUGGACUGGCAAAAAGCAGGGGAACUUCAAAGGACGGUACGAAGCAGUUGUUGAGUCGCAUGACACCGCGAUUAUCCGACUCGUUGAGACGAGCGAUGUUGAGUAUGGCGCGUCGCACUAUCAGCUCGAUAUAAGGCUUCUUCAUCUUCACUCAGCUGCGCACUUCGAAGACCCAAUUCAGAUCGAGGUAGACCACUGCGCAAGGCUGUCACCAGCUGCGAAAUUAAGGUUCGACCUUGACGCUGCCUAUCACGACGCCCAAAAUGAAUUAACAAAAGCACACAACGAGUUAGAAGCCGGCAAAACCUUUCAGCACUUUGCGAAUCGCGAUCUCGCGCGGUCGCGUACCGAUGAUACACAUCAUGCGAAAAGCCGGGCCCACGCCUAUGAGGUUGCGAAGGCGAAAUUCGAAGAGCAUUCUACAAGUUACUUGGCGCGACGCGAAGAAGACGCUUCAGAAGCCACUAGAUCACCCCGUUGGAAUCCGCACUACGAGGCGAUAUCAUACGCUUGUGGCAUUGACAUGACCACCGAGACGGUAUCCGUCAUGGAAGAAGAUGGAGAACUCAAGUCACUUCGAGUGCGCCAAAACGUGGCCGACAUGCUGCGGUAUCUGCGAAGACCAUCAAUCUACCGUUUGCUCUGGAUAGAUUCAAUUACCAUCAAUCAGGCCGAUUUGGAAGAGAAAGAGAGCCAAGUCAAACAGAUGGGAGCCAUAUAUGCGGACGCUAGGCGUGUUGUGAUCUGGCUGGGGCCACAGCGAGAUAGCGAGCACUUGAUUCACACCGACACCGGGGCUGGUCGUAGUAGUUUCCAAAGGUACAGACUGGAGCCUUCUCUGGGUCUCCUCAAACUCCCUUGGUUCCAUCGUCGAUGGGUUAUUCAGGAGACUGGACUCGCGCCAGAAGCGAUAUUGACGCGUGGCACAAAGUCGAUCGAGUUCCAAGAAUUCGUGCGUCGCAUUGAACGCCUACAGCGGCCAUCCGACGCUGCUUCAACUGCAUUCACACCCGAUGACAGAGUAGUAGUCGAUCGCCUCCGUGCUAUGGCAAAUCUACAAGCUUCAAGCCGAGGACAGUUUCUUCCCAGGGGGCUGAUGGAUCUCCUGCUCAGCUUUCCUGACGCAAAGUGCUCAGAUGAUCGCGAUAUACUUUACGCGUUCAGCAGUCUCAGUAUAGCCCCGCUCCCCAUCAGCUACCAUAUGACUGCCGAGGAACUCUACAUGAAUUUCGCCCACUUGGAAGCUAUACAGAAUCCGUCGAUUCUAUUGAGUGUUGCCGGUGCUCAUCCCACAUCGUCGAAGUUCCUACCUUCAUGGACGCCUGACUGGCGUGCGCAGCCUAUCUACGAACCAAACACCAAUCGGAGUUUCGACAGUGCUUACAAACCCAAGAUCAAAUGCAACCAAUUAAUCAUGCGCGACGGAAAAACUUUGAGCGUCAUGGCAAAGCAAAUGGACAAGGUCGCAAGAGUAAGCACGUCUCACACAUUUGAGGCUUGGGCACGACUCUGCACUACUUACAAUAGUGAACCCUCGAUUGCCGAGAACAUUCCAGAGCUCGAUUUACUGAAGGCGCUGACACGUUCACGUGGCGGUCUCCCGAAACUGUCGUCCGAUCAGCAUGCUACACUUGUUCUGUAUCUGGGUUCAAGUUCAAGUAAUGACGAGCCACCGCCAAAAUUUGUGGAGCGAUUCAUUACUGAGUCUGAAAAAGCCAUGAUUGGCAGAACGUGCUUCAUCACUGCAGACGGCGCUAUUGGUACGGGGCCAGAGCGGAUAAAAGCAGGCGAUGUUCUGCUUCGGAUUCCUGACAGUCCUAGCUUCACUGCUCUGCGUCCACGAUACCAGAGCGGUUCAAUACAGCUUCAGCGCGAAGUAGAGCUCGAUCCUGGGUCUAAUCAUGCGCCACCUUCUAUCGAUCUUCCUCCUGGCUUCUGUCAUGAGUAUACCGUGGUGGGCGACUGUCACGUUCCUCGGCUCGUUCGCACUGGUCCUGACCGAUCUGCACUUGGUCUAGAGGACCUCACUCUCUUCAAUAUCAUUUGA